CCGCCACGUGCCGCAUUGAUGGUCCCGGCAACCAUCCAGCGCGUAACCGAUUCCCUGUACAUUCGGCCGCGAUAACUAUCUCUUUCUCCCCUAUAAUUAAUCUCGCCGGAGUCCUCGCCGCGAACCCACCACCACUGCAAUCUCGCCCCGCCGCACGCACUCCACUAGCUACCAUCUUGAAUUCUUGAUUGCUCGGCCGGCACAGCUAUGUCGCGCGCCGUAGUUGUGGUGGUGGUGGUGGCCGUGCUGGCGCUGGCGUGCGGCGCGGCGUCGCAGUCGCCGGCGCCGGCGCCGGCGGCGGGGCCGGCGUCGGACUGCGGGUCGUCGAUCACGGCGCUGGCGGGGUGCCUGACGUACAUCACGCCGGGGAGCCCCGAGGCGAGGCCGGCCAAGGACUGCUGCGCCGGCGUGAAGAGCGCGCUGGGCAGCCCGGCCGCCGUCGCCUGCCUCUGCGGCGCGCUCGGCCAGGACUUCGGCAUCAAGAUCAACUACACCCGCGCCGCCGCCCUCCCCGCCGCCUGCGGCGGCGACUCCUCCGCCCUGAGCAAGUGCAACAAGAAAUUUCCCGGUGCCUCUCCUACUGGAGCACCCGCACCAUCUUCUUCCGGUUCUGGGUCAGGAUCAACACCGGCCACCGGCACGCCAUCUUCACCGAAGUCGGCGGCGGCCCAAUCUCCGGUCUCGGCGAUGCUCAUUGUAGCCACGGUUGCUGCACCUCUGCUUUCUUACUAUUACCUCUGAAGAUUUUUACCACAUAUGAUCUAGUUUCUGAAACGCUGUGAUUUGUAUGCGCAUUGCGCUGUGAUUUAUCAGUGACUCUUUUAGGGAGAGAUCUGCUAAUGUUGACUUCUAUAGCCGUGCCCGUGGUGCCAUUUCUCACUGUUUCCUGGAUUGCUAUUAGUUUGUACAAUAUUGGGAUGGUUCAUUCAGAAUAAAGUAGAAAAAUGAAGCAUGCAGGCUGUUGUUAUUC